UCCUCAUCCUCAUCCUCAUUCCCCGACUUUCUCAGCUCAAAAGUUCCCACUAUCUGCCAACUGGCGAAUAAAAUAUCUUUCACCAAUUGACCUUUCUUGUUCGCAUUGUAAAAGGCUACCCACUCUGGUUCUAGAGCCUCCAAUGUUCCCCAACCGCCCAGGGGUCGACAAGAAGGCCGCUCUGGUUGCUCAGGCCAAGGCUGAGCGACUUGCUCGAAGCGGACAGAAAAAGAUCGAGGAGCAGAAUGCGUUACAGGAACGGUCUUCCUUGCGAAUACAAAAGUUCUGGCGUAGGUUGCGCGCUCGCCAUGUCGUCAAGGACCGACAGCGUACGGAUUGGGAUGUCAUGGCGGCCCAGUUACCGUCCACACCCACCCUUGGUCUUGUUCGCAACCUACAGCUGACGUUCCUUUUGCUGAGGUUCUACGACCCUGUUGCAUGUCCCAUGGAUAGUCGGCGUCUUUCGACCCUGUGCAAGUUGCUGCUGUCCAAGACUAUCAUUGCAGCAGACGAGGGCAGCUUUUCGACAACAGCGGCCAAUAUAACGUCCAACGGAUCAUCCUCUUCACCUUCACCUACACCACCAGCACCUUCGGCGGCAGGAGCGGCGGCGUCCGCUACAAAAGAAGAUCAAAAGCCGUUGAUGCAGGUUCCCUUCCAGAUGAUAUUACUUCAUGCUCGAUAUGCGGAUCUCGCCACCACCGCCGUACAAUGUCUCCUGCAGCUGUGUAUUGGAGCAGUGAUGGGAAACCGAGUCGACGCCAGCGGUAAACCGUCUCCGGCCAUAAGCACCAUCAAAAGCGCAUUGGAGGACGACCUAUAUCUCUCUGGGCCAGAGUUGCGUUUUUUGAUGGCUUUUGUGGACACCAACACGUAUCGACUUCCUGAGACCGUCAGCCUCGCCAUUAGGACCCAGAUGUCGGACAGAGGAACCGCCCUUAUUAUCAGGAUACUCAACAGCGGAAAGUUUUACAAGGACGUCAGACUUGGCGUUGCGCCACGAGUGAAAGCUAUGCUUCUGCUUCAGGAUCGUGCCAAAAAGACGUCUCUCACGUCCGCAGAGACUUCGAAACAAAAGGCUCUGUCGCUCUGGAUGACGGCUAUUUGGAGAUGCUGCCUGUUACUUCAGUCUGUGGACAAGGACUUUAAAGAGAAGCUAUCCACUCCAUCCAGAGGGAACCAGCACAAGGAUAAUCUCAUCAACCUAUACAGCGACGACUCGACGGCAGUAGGAAUUGCCUGUUAUAUCUUAACGAUACCAUUAUUUGUCGAUACCCUGGACGACCUUUGCUUGCAACUGGCGUGGAACAGUCAUGUCCUGCGAGCGACAUCAGAUGCGAUCCUGGACCUUCGUCACCAACAGUUCAUGCUUACAACCAUGUCUUUGAACGACACCCUGUCACUUCUCGCCAACAUGACGCGGCUGUAUCGAGUCAACAUGACCAAGAAUACUGAAGCGGUUAAUGCUGAAUUGAAAAACCAACUGGUCGAGGUGGCCAUCGUUCUCUUGACACACUGUCAGAAGUACGUCUCUGCCACACAAACCACAGAGUUUCGACAAUACCACCCCAUCUUUUCUUGGACAGUUACCUCUCAAAAGAGCCAGCAAUUCUCAGAUACACAAGCUAAGUCGUUGAUGGUGCAGCUGGAAUAUCUUUGGAGCCGUGAGUUUGCCCUCGACACAUUCCACGCUCUGCUCAACCUUCGCCUUCCUCCCAUCAGUGCUGAUCCGCCUCCCGGGAGCGUAUUCAACAAUCGCGACACCCAGUCACCCGCGGCAGGUCGCCAGGGACGUUUCUCGUCGCCGCUAGAGAGGAUCAACAACAGCCUCAGCAGCAGACCCUCGGACCCGCAGAGAACUUUACUUGCGAUCGAAAUCCAGCAGGCAUGCUCGUUUUACAUGAUCCUGAUGAAGACGUUCGACGCUCAAAAGACCAAGAUCCUGGUCACACUCAUGUAUCUUCCAUCGUUUCUAUCUCAGCUGUGGCGAUUCAUGACGACCCUAGGACCCAAGGGUGGGAUGUACAUUUACCUUGAGGCAGCUGCGGGCAGUGGACGCAAGGGACUCCACCAGGAACCGUUGAUCGCUAUCCUGCAAAUCUUUUGCGAGUGCUGUGCGCGAUAUUUCAUCACAUUGGAUGACGACGACAUGUAUGAGCAACAACGGACAUGGGAACUAUCAGAGUUGGUGUUCAUGUCGGGAUUCUUAAAUCAGUUUUGUUUUUCGAUCUUGAGCCAGCAGGAGGACAUGGUAGUUAGUCUGGGUUCCAAAGAAACUGCCGCAGUGACAGCUGGAUCUGCACCGCCAGAACUCCCAUCUUUGCCACCUCUACCACCUAUCUUUUACCAUGCACGUCAGGUCCUCAUGCAGCUAUAUGAGAGGGACUGUCGACGGGCGUACUGUCCACCAAACCACUGGCUUCUCAUGCACCCUACGAAGGGUGUUUUUCACUCGCCUCUACAGCUUUUGGCCUCGCUCACGCUGUCAAAUAAAGACCGGUCCAGCAGCCACGGUUCUACCAAGUCAUCGACCACAAAAGGCGGUGGGCUUUUUUCCUUCUCAUCCAAUAAAUCGCCACCCCAGUACGCGACACCCAAGGAGUUCAUCAGCAAAGUCAGCCAGAAGGACAGGACCGCGCUACAGAUUCUCGAAACGAUGCCGCACGUUAUCCCGUUUAGUGCCCGUCUCGAGAUCUUUCGAGAUUUCAUCAAGGAGGAAAAGUUACAACGGGCCCAAAGUCUGGCGUUGGUGCGCCCAGAUCUGCAUCAGUCAGUCAUGGUCAGGGUCCGACGUGGAUAUGUGCUCGAGGACGGGUACCAGAGUCUGGGUCGGAUCUCAGCGAAUGCAUGGAAGAACACGAUCCGAGUGAAAUUCGUGAACGAAGGGGGCGCAGCUGAGGCUGGAAUCGACCAAGGAGGACCCUUCAAGGAGUUUAUGGAAAGCUUCCUCGAGACCGGGUUCUCGCCGAACCUGAAUCUGUUCACGACCUCGACUGCGUCUAUGAAUAUGUUAUAUCCAUCACCAACAUCUCACUUCACACACCCGACAACAGGACUGGAGCUAUUUCGACUGUUUGGAAAGAUGCUGGGCAAGGCUAUGUAUGAGGGGCUGCUGAUCGAGGUCAAGUUUGCCAACUUUUUCCUGAGCAAGAUCCUAGGUCGAACUGUUUUCUUGGACGAGAUGCGAUCGUACGACCAACAGGUCUUCCAGAAUCUGAUGUUUCUGAAGAAGUAUGAAGGGGAUGUGGAGGAUCUGGGGCUAACGUUUUCGUUGGACGAAGAGAUCUUUGGGACCCACCGAACCAUCGAGUUUAUGAGGGGGGGCAAGGAUAUUGCAGUGACCAAGGACAACAGAAUCAAUUACAUAUUCAAGAUGUCCGACUAUCGUCUCAACAAGCAGAUCCAGGAACAAUCCAAAGCGUUUAUUGAAGGAUUCCGAUCGAUCAUUCCGCUGCACUGGAUCUCCAUGUUUUCUCCGCAGGAGCUACAUCGCGUUAUGGCGGGCGAAGAUGUCGACUUUGAUGUACAAGAUCUUCGAGCGCACACAGAGUACCAGAACGGAUAUUUUGAUCAGCAUCCAGUGAUCCGUAAUCUGUGGUCUGCCCUGAACGAGUUCAGUUCGGAGGAGAAGCGCGCCUUCCUCAAGUUUGUCACUAGUUGCUCCAAGCCGCCGCUCGGAGGUUUUAAGUACUUGCACCCACCAUUCUCUAUUCGACUGGUCAUGGACCCAAACACCUCGGACUCGAACCAUAACGGCGCGCCAGCAAAUGGGCCACGUCAGUUUGGGAGCGGCGCCCAUAUGCCUUCCCGCAACGGCACUACUGGCGGUGGUGGUGGAGGACUAGGAUCCAGAUUACGAUCUGCGUUCAAUGUGAACAACAGCAAUAACGGUAACAAUGACAGCUCAAACGGAUUUUCCGUCAACGCGUCAUCUAUCUCUUCGUCGUCCUCUUCUUCAUCAUCCUUGGUAUCACGAUCGAACCAAUCCUCAUCGACUUCGGGAUUAUCACCGUUUGCGUUAACAACGGACGAACAUGGAACGCCUGCGGCUCUGGGAGUCGUGAAAUCCUUCUUUGGGGGCGUUCUUGGGAAUGCGGGAUCAUCCAGCGAGAGCACAGGAAAGAAGGCGCGUUUGCCCACAAGUUCUACUUGUUUCAAUUUGCUCAAGCUACCGCCGUUUAGCUCGAAAUCUGUUCUCAAGGAGAAGUUGCGCUAUGCAAUCACAUCCAAUACGGGCUUUGAGCUAUCUUAGUGUCUUCUCUCUUGAUUUUGGUGAUUGCUCAAGAGCAU